AUGCAGGGGGGUUCUGCUGUUCUUGCUGCUGCUUCUAUCUCUCUUUCUGUCUCUCCCGCUGCUGCUGCUGCACAAGAUCCUCUAGCUGCUGCAACAAAAGCAGCAGCAGCAGCAGCAGCAGCAAUACAAGAUCCUCUAGCUGCUGCAACAAAAGCAGCAGCAGCAGCAGCAGCAGCACAAGAUCCUCUAGCUGCUGCAACAAAAGCAGCAGCAGCAGCAGCAGCAGCUGCUGCUGCUGCUGCAUACCCGCUGAGCCGCUCGAGAUGUCUGAGAGAUGCAGCGAGAGAGUGCUGGGGUUUUGUUGGUGCUGCUCCCCCCCUCCGUCUGCAUGCACGAGACAGCCCCAAACCAACGACCCGCGGCAGCACACGCAGCAGCAACACUGGAACAGCAGCAGCAACUGCAGCAGCAACUGCAGCAGCAACUGCAGCAGCAACUGCAGCAGCAACUGCAGCAGCAACUGCAGCAGCAACUGCAGCAGCAACCGCAGCAGCAACUGCAGCAGCAACUGCAGCAACAGCAGCAGUAGUAGCUUGGACAGCAGCAACAGCAGCUGCCGUAACAGCAUUGGCAGCAGCAACCGCAGCAGCAACUGCAGCAGCAACUGCAGCAGCAACUGCAGCAGCAUCGGCAGCAGCAACUGCAGCAGCAACUGCAGCAGCAUCGGCAGCAGCAACUGCAGCAGCAACUGCAGCAGCAACUGCAGCAGCAACUGCAGCAGUAACUGCAGCAGCAACUGCAGCAGCAACUGCAGCAGCAACGAGAACAGAAGCGGAACGGGUUGCAUCAACAGCAGCAGCAAUGGGGGGAGCAGCAGCAGCAGCAGCAGCAAUGACAGAAGCAGCAGCAAGACAGCAGAAAGCAGCAGCAGCAGCAUUGUUGCAGUAUACAGCAGCAGCAGCACCAACAGCAGCGACAGCAGCAACAUCGCUGCAGUAUACAGCAGCAGCAGCAGCAGCAGCAACAGCAGCAGCAGCAGCAACAGCAGCAACAGCAGCAACAGCUGCAGCAACAGCUGCAGCAACAGCUGCAGCAACAGCAGCAGCAGCAACAGCAGCAGCAGCAGCAGCAGCAGCAGCAGCAGCAGCAGCAGCAUUUGUGUGGAAUGGUUGGCUAAGAAAGUAUAUAAUAGAGAAGAAACUCAUCGCUAGCCGCAGCAGCAGUAGCAGCAGCAGCAGCAGCAACAGCAGCAGCAGCAGCAGCAGCAGCAGCAGAAGAGGAGACAACGAUUUCAUUGAUAUACUUGAAGCAGGGGCAGCUGCAGCAGCACCUGCUGCAGUUGCUGCUGCAGCAGAAACUGCUGCAACAGCAGCAACAGAAGCAGCAACAGAAACAGCUGCAGCAGCAGCACCAGCAGCAGCAGCAGCAGCAGCAGCACAUACAGGUGCUGCGCAUUGGAUAGAGAAGGGGGAACAGCAGCAGCAACUGCAGCAGCAACAAAUGCAGCAGCUGCAGCAGAGGGAGGCGACGCAGCAGGAUCAGCAGCAACUGCAGCAACAGCAGCAGCAGCAGCAGCAGCAGCAAGACAGGGAGCAGCAGCAGCACCUGCAGCAGGAACAGCAGCAAACUCGAUGCCAGCAGCACCAACAGCAGCAGCAGCAGCAACAGUUGCAGGUACAGCAGCAGCAGCAACAGCAGCAGGAUACACUGCAGCAAGGGCAGCAGCAGCACGAACAGCAGCAGCAGCAGCAGCAGCAGGAAGAACAGCAGCAGCAGCAGCAGCAGCAGGAGUUACAUCCGCCCAAGAGAUACCGCUGCGAUAUUGAGGUUGCUGCUGCAGCAGCAGACACUGCCCCGCAAGCAGCAGCAGCAGCAGCAGCAGCAGCAGCAGCAACAGGAGCAGCAGCAGCAGCAGAAACAACAGCAGCAGCAGCAGCAACAGAAGAAGCAGCAGCUGAAGCUGCUGCAGAUGCUUCUCCCCCCCCACCCUCUCCCCGUAGCUGCAGCGAUGAGGAUACCUCUCCAGCAGCAGCAGCAGCAGCAGCAGCAGCAGAAGCAGCAGCAGCACCAGCAGCAGCAGCAGCAGCAGCAGCAGCAGCAGCAGCAAAAGCUCAUCAGGAUCGCUCACAUUGUGGGGGGGGAGAUGCUGAGGAGCAGCAGCAGCAGCAGCAGCAGCAGCAGCAGGAGCAGCAGGAGGAGCAGCAGCAUAUGACCCGACAGAGGGAGAAGCAGCAGCUGAAACCGAAGCAGCAACAGUAA